AUGCCAGCCCCCGAGAGAGAACCCCGGGGGGCCCCUUCUCGAUCUGAAAGGGGCCCCUCAUCUGAGCGGCUGUGGAGCAGAGAAAGGCCCAGAGAAAGAAGAGACAGGGGGGGCCCCCCGGGGGCCCCCUCGGGGGGCCCCCCUGGGGGCCCCCCUGGGGGCCCCCCGGGGAGCCCCCCGGGGGGCCCCCACCACGAGGGGCCCCACGAGGGGCCCCCCGGGGGCCCCCGCGAAAGCAGCCGCGAAGGAAGACAUGGAAGCAGCAGAGAGGGGCCCCACAGGGGUACCCGAGAGCGCCACCGGGACACCUAUGGGGGCCCCCACGGGGGCCCCCACGGGGGCCCCCACGGGGGACCCCACGGGGGCCCCCACGGGGGACCCCACGGGGGCCCCCACGGGGGCCCCCACGGGGGGCCCCACGGGGGGCCCCACGGGGGCCCCCCCCACGGGGGCCCCCAUGGGGGGCCCCAUGGGGGGCCCCAUGGGGGGCCCCCCGGGGAGGGGGGCCCCUGGGGCCCCGAAGGGACUUUGCGAGAAAGUUAUGAAAGAAGAGGCGAAAACUCGAAGAGAGAAAAAGGAGACUUUUGGGGUUUAGCAGCAGAAAGGGAGGAGGCCCCGGGUCACCGCCACAGGCGCCGCGCAGCAGCAGCAGCAGCAGCAGCAGCAGCAGCAGCAGCAGCAGCAGCAGCAGCAGCAGCGGGGGGGGGGGACAGGAGGGGGGCCCCCGACCCAGAGGAGGGGCCCCCAGCCCGCAGGAGGUCCCGCAGGGGCCCCAGAGAUGAACCUGCAGACAGGCAGGGGGGCCCCCAGGGGCCCCCGGGGCCCCCGGGGCCCCCGGGGCCCCCGGGGCCCCAGGGGCCCCCGGGGGCCCCCAUGCCCCAGGGGCCCCCGGGGGCCCCGGGGCCCCAGGGGCCCCCGGGGCCCCAGGGGCCCCCAGAGGGUAAGCGGCAGAAGCAGCACAGAGUUGGGGGGCCCCCCAAACCCUCAGGAGAUGCCAUGGGGGGCCCCCAGUCUAGGGGGCCCCCCGAGAGACACAGACAUAGGGGGUCUGAUGCGCAGGCAAGCUAA